UUAUAACAGUCACUUGUAUGCUAUACAAAGUUACAUAUACGCACUUUAAAAAAAAAAAAAAACAAGUCCGUAACACGAACAGGGAAAAAGGACGCUAUUAGAAUUUCGCUUCGUUUGCCUUGAGCUUUGCUUGCGAUUGCGCAGUUAGCAGGAAGUCGCGUCGAGUGUAAAUCUCCGAACCAUUCGCCUCAACUGGGGAAGGCUACGCUCGCAGCUGGUGGACUAUCCAUAUGAUUUAUCAGUGGUGAUGUGCAGCCCGGUACAGAGGCGCAGGCAGAUCCCCACAGCCAAAAUGGCGCUGUGUUUACGUCUGUGCAUAAUACUUAGUGGCUCUCAUGGGGAGCUUUGGUGAUUGUAUCGUCUGGAAAAGUAUUUGACUCGACGUCUUUACCACAGCAGCGGUGAUCCGGGAGAAGCCAUUAAUGACGAUUUAAGAUCUGUGUCUAGAAAGUUCACCAGCAGGAAACAUGCAAGCUGAGGCCACAGAUACCUCACUGAAAGAGGGCAUAGAAGCUCUGGGUGUGAAGGACUCAGAAGAACUUGCAGAGGGCAAAGAGGAUGACGACAGCACGGAGCAAAAGGACACGGAGAUGGCAGGGAGCGCGGAGGAGGACGACGCAACAGCUAAGGGGGAAACAGACGGGAACACAGAUGCAGUAGGAGGAGAGUCGCAGAAGGAUGGACCUCAGGCAGACGCAGGGGUGGAGGCUGAAGAUGGAAAGCAGGCUGCAGAGGUGGACGGUGACUGGGAGCUUCCUUACAGCGACGAGGAAAUGGAGGACCCCAAAAACUGGAUGCCUCCUCCUGCAGAGAUCAAAAGACUCUAUGAGCUCCUUGCUAAAGGCGAGAUGCUGGAACUGAACUUUGUGCCCCUUCCUAGAAGGCCACCCACACCUGAAGCCACUCCUUCACCUGAAAGAGAUGAAGAGGACGAGGCAGCCAAGGAAAGGGAGAGGCAGGAGAGAGAACGCAAGCCUCCAACUCCAACUGAGUUUGACUUUGAUGAGGAGCAAAUGCAAACCACUCCAAAAAAUGCCUUCCUCAGCAGACGCAGGACUCCAGGAUCUUCAGCCCGCUCCUCUGUUAAACGGGAAGCUCGGCUGGACAAAGUAUUGUCAGACAUGAAACGCCACCGCAAGAUUGAGGAGCACAUCAUGCGCACAGGCAGGGACCUCUUCAAGACCGACAAGAAGCUGGAGGAACCGCUUUCUCCAAACAGCCAGAAGGAGCGGGAGAAGGAGAGGGAACGAGACAGCAACCCCAACACCAUCUUCUCCCCACGACAGAGGAGAUACUGAAGUUUUGAGAUCAGGACUUGCCCAAAUACAUUUAAGGCCAUGAGUUUCCCAAGGCUUUCUUAAAAACUUGAAUUUUUUAAUGUCACAAGUUUUGUAUGUUUUAUGUUUUGUAUGAUGGCAAUAAACAUUUUAACCCUGGAGGAUGUCACUCA